UGCCUCUGUGGCUGCCUCCGCUGGCCUGCACGAGCUUAAUGCCUUGGAAAGAGAUAGUGCCCCUCAAAAAGACACUGCCUCUGGACUGGCUCCAGGCCUGUCGUCACCUCCUGCCAGCUGUUCCUCUGCAGCUCGAACCCGAGCCUGUCCCAGCCCGGCCUUGUGCACUGAGCAGAGCCCGUGGCGUGGAACCCACUGGCUGCCUUGCUCUUCCUCCUUGGCCUGCUGAGCGAGUCCCAGGGAGUGCAGCUGACUUGGGGAAGGUCUGGGAAAAAUCUCCCUGCUUUUGGGGGGGCAGGGGCGGGGGAUGAGCCUCUGCUGAUGAGGAGCUCUGGAGAUUCGGUAGGUCGCUCUAGACCAGUUCAGACGCUCGCGGCGGCGUGGAGAGGAUUUGUGCAAACAUUUCCUCUCUGGAAAGGAGGAAUGCAAGAGGAGGCUGCCUGUGGUACAUCUUGGACCGUGAAGCGAUGUGCCCGCACGUGUGGAAGUGCACGAGCAGGGUGAAGCCAGAGCCGGACAGGGCAAGGCCUGACAGAAGGGAGGGACCCCUGCUGGGGGUCGCCGAGCUGCCCAUGGGCAUCCCUGCUCCCCGGGGGGACAGCCCUGUCCCCUCCCACAGGAAGCGCUCGCUCUGGACCCCUGGGAAGCCCUUCCUCACCCUGGUGCUGCUGGUUUCCAUCAAGCAAGUUACAGGCUCUCUCCUUGAGGAGACAACGCGGAAGUGGGCUCUGUACAAACAGGAGUGUCUGCGAGACUUACUCAAGAAACCUUCCGGCGUAUUUUGCAAUGGGACAUUUGAUCAGUAUGUGUGCUGGCCUCAUUCUCCUCCUGGAAAUGUCUCUGUGCCCUGCCCUUCGUACUUACCCUGGUGGAAUGAAGAGAGCUCAGGAAGGGCCCACAGAUACUGCUUGGCUCGGGGGACUUGGCAGACGCGCGAGAACGCCACAGAUAUUUGGCAGGACGACUCCGAAUGCUCUGAGAACCACAGCUUCAAGCAAAACGUGGAUCAUUAUGCCUUGCUCUCAACCUUGCAGCUGAUGUACACCGUGGGAUACUCCUUCUCUCUCGUCUCCCUCCUCCUGGCUCUCACCCUCCUCUUGUUUCUUCGAAAACUCCACUGUACACGCAACUACAUCCACAUGAACUUGUUUGCUUCUUUCAUCCUGAGAGCUGUGGCCGUGCUAGUGAAGGAUAUCGUCUUCUACAACUCUUACUCCAAGAGGCCGGACAAUGAGGACGGGUGGAUGUCCUACCUGUCGGAGAUAUCGACCUCCUGCCGCUCAGUGCAGGUCCUCCUUCACUACUUCGUGGGUGCCAAUCACUCAUGGCUGCUGGUCGAAGGCCUUUACCUGCAUGCACUGCUGGAGCCCACGGUGCUUCCUUCGAGGCGGCUGUGGCCCAGAUACCUGCUGGUGGGCUGGGCUUUCCCUGUGUUCUUUGUUGUCCCCUGGGGUAUUGCCCGUGCACACCUGGAGAACACAGGGUGCUGGGCCACAAAUGGGAACAAGACAGUCUGGUGGAUGAUCCGAGGACCCCUGCUGCUUUGCGUGACAGUCAAUUUCUUCAUCUUUGUGAAAAUUCUCAAGCUGCUCAUUUCUAAGCUCAAGGCCCAUCAAAUGUGCUUCCGAGAUUACAAAUACAGAUUGGCAAAAUCAACACUGGUCCUCAUUCCUUUAUUGGGUGUUCACGAGAUUCUCUUCUCCUUCAUCACUGAUGAUCAAGUUCAAGGAUUUUCAAAACUUGUACGACUUUUCAUUCAGUUGACAUUGAGCUCCUUCCAUGGAUUCCUAGUGGCCUUGCAGUAUGGCUUUGCCAAUGGAGAGGUGAAGGCCGAGCUUCGGAAGCACUGGGUCCGCUUCCUGCUGGCCCGUCACUCGGGCUGCAGAGCCUGUGGCCCGGGCAAGAACCUGCGGUUCCUGGGCAAAAGUCCCAAGAAGCUCUCGGAGGGAGGUGGCGCCGAGAAGCUUCGGAAGCUGCAGCCCUCACUCAACAGCGGGCAGCUCCUGCACCUGGCCAUGAGGGGGCUGGGGGAGCUGGGAGCCCGGCCCCACCAGGGCCACACACCCUGGCCCCGGGCCAGCAGCCUGUCUGAGUACAGCGAGGGGGAUGUCACCCUGGCCCACACCAUGGAGGAGAUUCUGGAAGAGAGUGAGAUCUAGGCUGGAGCCCACUGCUCUGCCUCUGCUUCCGGGAACUUCUGAGAGGGCCAAGGAAGGAGGAGGCAGAGCAGGAUGGAUGUCACCGAGCUCAGAACUGUUGUCCUCCCGUUCACCAGACCACGUUGACAGGAAGUCUGUCUCAAGGUGCUUCGGGCUCUGUGUAAAAGAGGCUGUGUGACGCCCACGCCUUCUGCCUGGCCUUGUCACCCUAAUAACGCCCU